GAUCGAGUACGAUGAAAACUUCGGUGACAUUGAUCGGCUUGUUGGUUGUGGUGGGCGUCGCGCUGGGCCGGCCACAGGAGAAGGGUACCCAAGACGAAUAUCUUGGGCCACGUGGCGCUUGGACCCGUUUGCACCGGGAACCUCCCAUACGGGGCGGCGAUAGCAGCGCCCCGGCGAAGAAGGCGGACACGGUAACGACCAAGUACAUCCUGCAGCCAUUGGACCACUUCGAUGCGCAGAACGUGAACACCUGGUCGAUGCGUUACAUGGAAAAUGAAGAGCACUACCAACCGGGCGGACCACUGUUCGUGUACGUCGGCGGCGAGUGGGCGAUAUCCGAGGGCAGCAUCUUGCGUGGCCACGUGUACGAUAUGGCCAGCCAGCUGAAUGGUUCUCUCUUCUACACCGAGCAUCGAUACUACGGCCUGAGCCAUCCGACCGUUGACCUGAGAACGGACAAGUUGAAGUACUUGAACAUCGACCAAGCGCUCGCGGAUUUGGCGCACUUUGUCGUCGAAAUGCGUCGGACGAUCCCGGGGGCCGAAAAGUCCGGUGUCAUCAUGACGGGCGGCUCCUACUCGGCCACGAUGGUUGCCUGGUUCCGCCAGAAGUACCCACAUCUCAUCAAUGGCGCGUGGGCCUCAAGUGCGCCCGUGUUUGCCAAGAUGGAAUUCACCGAGUAUAAAGAAAUCGUGAGUGACAGCAUUCGGCUCGUCGGGGGAGACCACUGUGCCGACCGGAUCGAGCGGGCCAUCCACCAGGUGGAAGAUCUGAUUGCCAACGAUCAGCACCACCGAGUGGUGCAGGACUUCCGGCUGUGCAGCGAUGUGAAUCUUACGAGGCCACUCGAUGCGAUGAACUUUUUCAGCAGCAUCUCGGACGAGUUUGCCGGUGUGGUGCAGUAUCACUCCGAGGGGGACAUUGAGCGCGUUUGCAGUGUGAUAGAGGACCCGUCGGUGCCGAUCGAGAUGGACGCGCUGGCCAAGUACGUCACCCAGGGGCUCGGCGCUAACAGCUGCAUGAACUAUGCGUACCAAGCGAUGAUUGACUAUUACAAAAAUGUCGAAUGGAACCAUGGCGCGGCGCAGGGUGCAAUGCGCCAGUGGAUGUACCAGACCUGUGCCGAGUACGGCUGGUACCAGAUCUCCGGGUCGGCCGACCAAAUCUUCGGCUCCAGCUUCCCGGUCGACUUGUUUGUGGAGAUGUGCGGUGAUCUGUACGAUGGAUUCUUCGACGAGACCAGAAUGGAAGCGAACGUCCAGCGCACCAACGUCAUCUACGGGGGCUGGAAUCCGGAGGUGACGAAUGUGUUCUUCACCCAAGGCCAGCUGGACCCCUGGCGUGCGAUGGGAAUUCAGGAGGAUCUCAACGAACACUCGCCUGCCGUUGUCAUACCGGGAGCCUCCCACUGUGCGGACUUGAGUUCAAUCUCCGAACGAGACUCAACAGAAAUGCGGGCGGCCAAGGAAAGAAUAUUUGAACUCGUUCAAGUGUGGCUGGCUUAAGUUUUAAAGGUCCACGGAGAACCGUUAAACUGACUUGUGCAAUAAAACUGGGUUCCGAACUCACGACUCGCGGAUUGUGAGUC